AUGGAGGUGAGGUUCAGGCACCAGUCUCCAUGGAGGAGAAGGCCGGUGGCAUUGGAGAAAGCCCUCUUGAGAUCGAGUUCGAGGGUGCCGCUUGAAGUCCCGGCUGGCGAGAAGCAGGACGUCCUUGAGGGUGUGCGUCUUGUGGAGACGCCGCUAAAGAAGUUGAAGGAGCUCUGCGACCAGCUUGGUCUUUCACGAAGUGGAGGAAAAGAGAAGGUCUUGGCAAGGCUGAGGCAACAAAGAAAAGUCCUUGAGAAGAGGAUGACCGCCGAGGUUGCCAAGAAGAUGUACCUGGAAGGUGCCGAGAUGCAGACAUGCCUCGCAUCCCAAUCCUUCCUUCGGCUAAGCAACAGGAGCUGCACAGCAUCACGCAUCAUCCUUUGGUGCGAACACUGCGUGGUGGGCCGAAGCAAGCAGUCGCCCCACGCACAAGGGCAGCAAGAUGUCGAGUAG